AUGUCUAGAUACCCAUCCCGUAACACCCAACGCGCGCUGGUCUUUGAGUCGGUGUCCCCAAUGUCGCCGCUCUCCCCUUUCACGCCGUCCUCGUCAACGUCCUCAUACUCCCUAGGGCCACACGACGCCACUCAGCGGUCAUCGCCUUCGAGCGCGGCCUCUCCUCUCCCAUCGACCCCCGGGAGUACAUAUGAAGAGGCCACAACGAAGAAACGCGCGACUGCUCGCCGUUCCGGGCCCGCAAGGUCCAAGAACCCCAUCCCGAGGCCACCAAACUGCUUCAUACUCUUCCGCACGGACUGGUGCCACAGGCUGGAAGGCCAGGUCGAGCGCAGCCACAAACAGAUCAGCAGAAUCGCUGGAAAGGCGUGGAAACGGAUGUCGGAGACGCAGAAGGUGGUCUGGCGGGAGCGCGCGAGAAUCAUCAAGGAGGAGCACAAGCGGUGCUACCCUGACUACAAGUUCGCGCCCGUCCAGCGCAAGCAGAAACCCAAGAAGCGCAACGUGAAGCACAACUCCCCCGCAGAGAUGGCCCGCUGCGAGCAGCUCGCGCACCUCCUCGCUGAGGGUAAGGACGGGGAUGAGCUCGAGCUGGAGGUGCGAAAGCUCGACCAGACCAUCCAUGCGGAGGAGAAAAGGCUCAAGGAGGAAGAAGAGUCGAGGAAGGGCUAUUCCACUGGCGUGUUCGACCCCGCCCUGUGGAACGCCCGGAUUCAGGAAGAUUCGGCGACCCCGACCUUCGAGUCCAUCUCAAGAGACGUGCCCGGCUUUCGCAGCCCACUGCUGCCUCCGUGCGGGGCCAUUGAGGAGAAGAGCGACCCGAUGGCCGCGCUCUCCACCCAAAUGCCAGAGACGUGGCCCGACUUUGAGGUUCCCGAGCUGGCACAGCUGGCACCCAUGAAGGGAGCAGGUUCCUUCAAACCAGUAGACGUGCCACAAUGGCAUACUCCUGCCAUGCACGUGUACCCGAACGCUGGGCCCUCCUCACCGUUCGAUCACCAUGCGUUUGACGCGCUCCCGGGGAUGGACCUGUUUGCCUUGUCGUCCAACGUCAGUGCGUCCACAUCGACAGGGCUCACCGACAAAUACGCCAACACCACGGUCGGGCUCGACCUUAACUCCUGGCCGUUCGAGAUGCCUGCCACAAGCCCGCAGAGUCCAGGAUACCAGCUAGCUCCGGCCAGCAACAUCACGACCGGUGCGCUGGGCAUUGCAGGCCCUGCGAACAUCUCACGAAUAGCGGUGAGCGCACCUGUCCCGGGAGACCACGCAUUCUCAGAGUUCGCGUUCCAAGCCCCCGGGAACGCCACUACGGGCCUGAGCCAGAGCGCGGACGUAUCUUUCGGGGCCGGGUUCGACAGGUUAUUCUUCGACCUUGACUACGUGCCGAAUUGGGCUGCGCAAUCUUUUGGGUCCUUCUGGCCAUGA